AUGGAUUUGGAGAUGCUAAUUCAUCCCGCCCACGCCCAGGCCAGCCCCGGCCCCGGGAGGACCAGGCCCGCCGCCGCCGCCGCCCGUAAACGGGCACUUCUGGCAGCCAACGAGGAGGAGGACCGAGAGAUCCGAAAGCUGGAGCGGUGCCUCGGCUUGAACAAGCGCAAAAGGAAGGGCGACGACAGCUCCGUGCCGCUCAGCUUUGCUCGCGAUGGGCUCGACUACAUCCUGGGAGCCCUGGGGUCGGGGGGAAAUGGGGGCUUGUACGAAAGCAGCAGUGAGGAAGAGGACGCUGGGCCGACGCUCCCCGAAAGCGACUUGGAGAGUGACACCGAGGACGACAGGGUGGAGGACGAGCAGGAGGUAGAAGCGGGAGCGCAGAGCGAGGAAGAAGAGGAGGGGGACAUGCGGGAGGAACAGCCAGAAUCCGACGAGGCAGGAGGGAGAGCGGAGGAGGCGGCGGCGGGGAAGAGAGUCCGUUUUGCAGAGGAUGAAGAAAGGAGCGGAAACUCCUCGGAGGACGCUGACACAACAGCUCAGCUUCUUUGCGAAGAUGGUGAGAAGUACAUCCCACCUCACGUGAGGCAAGCUGAGGAGACCGUGGAUGCCCAGAAGCGGGAAGAACGGGAAAGGCUAAAGAAGCACGUCAGAGGCCUGCUCAACAGGUUGAGCGAGCCCAACAUGGCCUCCAUAAGUGGACAGCUGGAGGAGCUGUACAUGGCCCACAGCAGGAAGGACGUGAGCGACACUCUGACGGGCGCCCUCCUGAGCGCCUGUGCCCCGGCUGUGCCCGUGCCCGGCAGGCUGGUGAUGGAACACGUCCUCCUGGUCAGCGUCCUUCACCACACGGUGGGAGUCGAGGUUGGAGCUCAUUUUCUGGAAGCCGUGGUGAGGAAGUUUGAUGACGUCUACAGAAACGGAAGUGAGGGCAAAGAGUGUGACAACCUCUUCACCAUCGUCGCCCAUUUAUAUAACUUCCACGUGGUGCAUUCUCUGCUCGUCUUUGACAUUUUGAAAAAACUAAUCAGAACUUUCACAGAAAAAGAUAUUGAACUGAUCCUUUUAAUGCUGAAAAAUGUGGGCUUUUCGCUGAGAAAAGAUGAUGCUUUGUCACUUAAAGAACUGAUCUCCGAGACCCAGGCUAAAGCCAGCGGGGCGGGCAGCCAGUUCCAGGACCAGACCAGGAUUCGAUUCAUGCUGGAGACGAUGUUGGCCCUGAAGAACAACGACAUGCGGAAGAUCCCGGGCUACGACCCCGAGCCCGUGGAGAGGCUGCGGAAGGCGCAGAGGGCCCUGGUGCGCAGCGCCAGCUCGGGCACGGAAGCACAGCUGCGGGUCUCCUGGGACAGCGUCCUGAACGCCGAGCGGACCGGGCGCUGGUGGAUCGUGGGGUCCGCCUGGACUGGGGCGCCUAUGAUUGACAGCUCUCAGCAGAAGGUCGCACAGAAGCAGCUUGCAGGCACGGUUAGCACGAAGAUGCUGGACCUCGCCCGUAAGCAGAGAAUGAACACCGAUGUCAGGAGAACCAUCUUCUGCACGAUAAUGACUAGCGAGGACUUCUUGGACGCAUUUGAGAAGCUUCUAAAGCUUGGACUUAAGGACCAGCAGGAGAGGGAAAUAGUGCACGUCCUCGUGGACUGCUGCCUUCAAGAGAAGACGUACAACCCGUUCUACGCUUUCCUGGCUGGCCGGCUCUGCGACUGUGAGAGGAGGCUUCAGAUGACUUUUCAGUUCAGCAUAUGGGACAAAUUUCGAGAUUUAGAAAAUUUGCCAGCCACUAACUUUUCUAACUUGGUUCAUCUGGUGGCCCACCUACUGAAGACGAAGUCACUGCCACUUUCCGUUUUAAAGGUGGUUGAAUUCAGUGAAUUAGACAAACCCAGAGUCCACUUUUUACGGAAAGUGUUACAUAUUCUGUUAACGGAAACAGAAGUUGAAGAUCUUGGUGUAAUUUUUACAAGGGUGGCCGACAACCCGAAGCUGGGCAUGCUGCGCGAGGGCCUGAAGCUCUUCAUCAGCCACUUC